UGAGGAAGUUGAGCUGCAAGCCACUAGUUGCUUCCUUUUGCAGUUUUAGACACAGGGCAGGACUAGACACUCAAAUAUGCCAAUGAUGAAAUAAAAGACGGCUUUACGCAGAUCGGGGGAAGGAUUUAAACUUGAUGGUAAAAUUGUAGGUGCAGUUGAAGCAGAUUCGGAGGGGAAUCAGGAUGCCCACUUACCAGCCUUGGUACCAUGGCAUGAUAACACGGUCUAGAGCUGAAGACCUGCUGUCCAAAGAACCACGAGAUGGGAGCUUUCUCAUUCGGGAUAGUGAGUCCAUCCAAGGAGCAUAUGCCCUCUGUGUCCUAUACCAAAACUGCGUGUACACUUACAGGAUCCUGCCCAAUGAGGACAAAAAGCUCUCUGUGCAGGCCUCAGAGGGAGUGCCCAUUCGAUUCUUCUCUGGACUCCCUGAGCUGGUGGAUGCCUACUACAAUCCCAGCAUGGGCCUGGUCACACACCUGCAAUAUCCCGUACAGAGAGAGGACGAAAUGGAAGAUGACACAGAAUCCAGCCUUCCUCCUCAACUCCCUCCACGAAAUUUCUCAUCCAAUGACACCAAAGACACAGAACAAGUCACCAAGUCCCUGUCAGAUACUUACAUGAGCAGACUGCAACACAUGGACCUAUCUAUAUUACAAGAGGAGCAUCAGAUGGCGCUCCAAGACUAUUUCAGGACCUCGGUGUGUUUGGAUGUUGAACAAGUACAAAAUGGAAACCCCAACCUCCCUGGACUGAAGAAACUUACCACGAUCAUCUGCAAAAACCUCAACAAUGAGAUCUCCCGCGUCCUGCCGUCUCUGGAGAUGGUGCACCGUGUCCUGGACCAACAGCUGUCUCCAGGGAUUGGGCACCUGUCCAGACAAGUUUCAGUUGAUUCGCUCCAGUCCACAUCGUUUAGACUUGAGCAACUGACUAAACUGCUCUACUCUAUCGAAGAUAAGGCCAAAGGUGCUGUAUUUGAGUCUGCUGGUUAUGAAGGAGGUCAUAGAAAAUCAAUUAUACCUGCUGUAACAUUUGAGGUAAAGCAGGAAUCUCUCGGUAUACCCACAAAGAUGUUCCUGAAAGUGGAUGUAGAGAGCGGAAAGUUGUUCUUUAAAAAGUCUAAAGAUGGUCCUGAAGACAAAUACUACGUCCACAACAAAAUUUUACAGUUGGUCAAAUCUCAGAAGAUCCCAGCCAAGAUCACCAUUCAUGUAGAGACAGAGAAAGAGAAAGUUGUGAAGAAAGAGUUUGUGUUUGAAGAUGCAAAGAAAAGGGAAGGUUUUUGUCAGCUGCUGCAACUGAUGAAGAACAAGCACUCCGAGAAACCUGAGCCAGACAUGAUCACGGUUUUUGUUGGUACUUGGAACAUGGGAAAUGCCACGCCUCCCCUCAACAUCAGCUCGUGGUUCCACUGCAAAGGACAGGGCAAGACCAGGGACGACACAGCAGAGCACAUCCCCCACGACAUCUACGUGGUGGGGACUCAAGAGGACCCGCUGGGGGAGAGGGAAUGGGCAGAUACAGUCAAGAGUACUCUGAGAAACAUCACCAAUAUCAGCUUCAAACAGAUUGCCAUUCACACACUGUGGAACAUCAGGAUUGUGGUAUUGGCAAAACCCGAGCAUGAAAACAAGAUUUCUCAUGUCUUCUCGGACAGUGUGAAGACAGGGAUUGCUAACACACUUGGAAACAAAGGGGCAGUGGGUGUGUCCUUUAUGUUCAAUGGGACCAAGUUUGGUUUUGUGAACAGUCACCUGACAUCUGGGAGUGAGAAGAAACUCAGGCGAAAUCAGAAUUUCAUCUCCAUCUUGCGAUUUCUAAACCUGGGAGAAAAGAAGCUAACACCAUUUGACAUCACAAACCAGUUCACUCACCUGUUUUGGCUCGGAGACCUCAACUACAGGGUCGAAAUGCAGUCCACUGAAGCUGAGUACAUAGUGUCAAAGAUUAAACAGCAGCAGUACCAGGAGCUGCUCCGAAAAGAUCAGCUGAACAUGGAGAAGAGUGAGGGCAAGGUCUUUCUACAUUUUGAUGAAGAGGAAAUCACUUUUGCACCAACUUACCGUUUUGAGAGAUACACACGAGAAAAGUAUGCCUACACAAAGGCCAAAGCCACUGGGACAAAGUACAAUUUGCCCUCCUGGUGUGAUCGAGUGCUACGAAAGUCCUACCCUUUGGUUCAUGUCAUCUGCCAUGCUUAUGGCUGCACUAAUGACAUCAUGACCAGUGACCACUCACCAGUGUUUGCAUCAUAUGAAGUGGGAGUGGUUUCACAGUUUGUGUCCAAACAAGACCCGGACAGUGCACCGCAGAGCGGGAUCCAGAUCAUGAACUGUAUGGCUACUCUAUUGACAAAAUCACAGACAAGGUUCUGCAUCGAGUACCAUUCAAGCUGUUUAGAAAAACCAGUGAAAACAGCAGAAGGUGAAAACACUCAGCACACAAACGGAUUCCUGAAAGUGUGGUUUGGAAACCAAGUCCAGCUCACUCCUAUCAUCUCUGACCCUGAGUACCUCCUGGACCAGCACAUCCUGAUCUGUAUCAAGUCCACAGACUGUGAUGAGUCCUAUGGCGAGGGCUGUGUGGCGCUCAGAGCAGCCCAGUUUUCAUACACCGAGUUUCAGAUCACACUCACGCACAACGGAGAGAAAACUGGCACCCUGAAAGGAGGGAUCCAACUGAACACCACACAGUGCAAACCUACAGAGAAAUUAUAUGAUUUUAUCAAAGUUGAAAGAGAUGAUCCUGCAUCUUUAAAAGGCAAAGGCGGAGACAAGUUGUCUCUCUCUCAGGCUCUUGACAUCUCAAACCCCAAUUAUAUGGGGCUGCCCUACAAAACUGGGAAUAUGCAGGAAAAGGGCUGGAGCUACAGCAUGCAGCCCAAACCUGUACCAGGCUCACGCAGUCCCACCAUGAAACAUCCACCUGAGGAGGGAAAGAGAUCUGAGAUGUUUGACAACCCACUGUAUGGAUCUCACUCUCGCUCCAAAGACCAACAAAAGGACCUGCUAUUACCUCCAGACUCCUUUUUAUGUGUCAAAACUCCAGACAAUGAUAUAGAUCGCCCUCCGGUGCCCACUCCCCGCGCUCGCUCCUUCACCUGCUCGGAAACCAGCCCCCAAACCACAGCUCCUGUAAACACACUCCAAGCCAAAUGCAAGAAACCAGUGGUGCCCUCUCGCUCCGAUAGCAACACUGUGAAUAAGCCGCGUUUACCAGUUAAAUCCAGACCAGGGCCCCCAGAACCACCAUUUAUGAAAGGUAAAGACUACAGAGAAGGUGCAGAGCUCCCAGGGAAACAGAAAGGACCGACCAGACCUCCCCAGACAUCACGAUUUUCAUCAUGAAAUUUCAGAGAUGAGUCACCCUUCUGGAAGUGACAGUCCUUUCCGCCCUGCAAAAUGUUGGAGUUAUUUCAUUUUGGACACUGAAUUUAUGAUACUCCCCAACCAGAUUGUGGUUGGGAGUAUAGUUUCUGUUACAUUUCUUUUUUUCACACUAUUUUAGUCAAGUUAGUAAAUAGUUACCACAAAGUAUUAAUUGCACAAGCAUGGUUUGUUUUUAAAUAUAUGGCUAUAAAAAAUAAAAAUAUUUUAUUGUA